AUGGAGGACAAGGAUGACGAGGUGCUGCCGGAUGUCCCCCGGUCAGACGAUAUCCAACCAAAGCUAGAUGAUGGAGCCGCCGAAGGCGCGCAGAACGACGCGAAGGGAAAUGCCAGCCUAGAGGAUAUACUAUUCAAAGACGAUGAUGAUGACGAUGACGUUGUCAAGAAGCAGAAGGAGGAGGACGAUACGGAAACAAAAAAGGGUGUCAAGCUAGAGGACAUGUUUGAUGAUGAUGAAGAUGAAGAUUUUCCAGAUUCAGACGCUAUACAGAUACCAAACCAGCCUGCAGUUCCAUCCACUCAAGUCGACCCGGAGUCGAUGUCUGCCUUUUACCAACGCCUAUUCCCAUUCAAAUACCUUUUCCAGUGGCUUAACCACGGAGUGAAACCUUCUACAGACUUUGGCAACCGAGAAUUCGCUUUCACACUUCCUAAUGAUGCUUAUUUGCGAUACCAAUCUUUUCAGACAGCGGACACGCUUCACAAAGACGUUAUGCGAUUAAACCCCUCUCGUUUUGAAAUCGGCCCUGUCUACAGUACAAACCCACGAGACCGCAAAUCUCUACGAAAACCUGGUGCCUUCAAACCCAUCUCGAAAGAGCUAGUCUUUGACAUCGAUUUGACAGAUUACGAUGAUAUCAGAACAUGCUGUAGCAAGGCUAAUAUAUGCGAGAAGUGCUGGGCGUUUGUCACGAUGUCCAUCAAGGUGAUCGAUGCAGCUCUGCGGGAGGACUUUGGAUUUGAACAUAUCCUGUGGGUGUACUCUGGGCGUAGAGGAGCACACGCCUGGGUUUGUGAUAAAAAGGCACGCAAUCUUCCAGACGACAGGCGAAGGGCCAUCGCCGGGUAUCUGGAAGUGGUUCGCGGAGGCAGUCAGAGUGGAAAACGUGUCAACCUCAGGCGGCCGCUACAUCCACAUAUCACACGGAGCCUCGACACGCUGCGGGAAUAUUUCGCAUCUACCGUCCUGGUGGACCAGGACCCAUUCAGCAGGCCGGACCAAGCCAGCAGACUCCUCGAGUUACUCCCAGAUAAAACAUUAAGGACAGCCUUGCAAAAGAAAUGGGAUUCUUCACCUGGACGGCAUAGCCGUAACAAGUGGGCGGAUAUUGACGCCGUGGCAAAGACAAACUGUCGCGGCCUAGACACAAAAGCAUUGCUAGAAGCGAAACAAGACAUCGUUCUAGAAUAUACAUAUCCACGACUCGAUGCCGAAGUCAGUAAGAAGCUGAUUCAUUUGCUGAAGAGUCCGUUUGUUGUCCACCCGGGCACUGGCAGAGUAUGUGUUCCGAUUAAUAUUCAAAAGGUGGACAAGUUCAACCCCUUGAAAACUCCCACUCUGGCACAACUCUUAGACGAGAUCAACUCUUGGAAUCCCUCACAGGCGAACCAACAGGAUCAGAUGCCAGCGUCUGAUGGCGGAAGCGGCCAGGACGAGACUGAUGCUGGCCCUAAACCGAAGAAAAUCCAGGAUUAUGAGAAAACGAGCCUGAAGCCAUAUAUCGAUUAUUUCCGCUCAUUUGUUGCAAAAUUGAACAAUGAUGAACGACCAGCCAAGAGAGAACGACCAGGAGAAGGCUCAAAUGCUAUGGAGUUUUAG